AUGUGCUCCGCUGCCUCGUCUUCGGCAGCAUGGGGCAGCGCUGCGUGUUAUUACGAGUGUGAUGCAGCUUCCCUCCGUUCCGCGUGCUACCCCACUGUAAUACCCCACCCUCGUGCCGCUUUAUUUCAUUAUUUCCUUCUUACGAUCAGAAACACGCAGUGCAUAAAAGCCCGUGCGUCCACGGAACGGAACGGAAGCAUGACCGGAUCCCGCCGCGUCGCUGACACCGAGUGGGCUCUGCAUCUUUAAAAUAGCCAAAGAAAAACACACGGGCUGCUCGGUCAUAACUGUGGGAUGAUAAGGACUACCUCUUUUUUACUUUUGGAGAGAGCCAAGCCGUUAGGAGAGCAUUCAGCAUCAGCUGUUCAACACUGGUCUCUCAUUGCUGGAAGUCGGGGCUGAAUCAGUCACAUGACAGAACUGGAGGCAGAGAUCUAGAGAAAAGGCACAGCAUUCCGGCUUGCACCGCCAUACUGUAUUUUGAGCCAUAUCACAUUUUUAUUGCAACAUUUUACUCCCGCUCGGUGAGUACAUUUCCAAUGGCUUUUUUGUAACCAUUUUUGUCUUUUUAAUUGCCCCCUUUUUUAUUUUUCCUCCUUUUGCUGGUGUUUGAAUUGAGCAUUGACAUGGUUGUUUUGAGCGUUUUUCACGUCCAGGCUUCAAGUUUUUAGCAUGCAGUUAUUCAGAUGGAGAGUGCCAGGAGGGUAAACGCGGUGCGUAAUCGGUCUUGAGAAAGCUUUUACUUGCUUGCAGUUUUGUUUCGAGGGGUCAAAACCAAGCAGCUUUUGUCAGUAUUGAGAUUUUUCAAACAAUUAUUGGUGGUUUUGAAACAUUUUUAAUUUUUUUUGUUUCUGUCGACUUUUGCUGUUGCUAUGCUUUGGUUUGCAUUUUGCAGUGGUGUUUGUUGCCUUCGAGUUUUGUGAUUUUGAUGUCUCGGUGGAUCCCACCGAUCAAACCCUUGCUUUUACUUUGUUCCUCUUUUCUUUGUAACAAAAGGGAGUCAUUUUUAAAAACCCGAUGACAUUUUAACGUGAUACUUUUCUUGCAGCUGAGCACACAGGUUUGUUGUUUUUGUGUGGCUGUGUCAAGUAUUUUUGGAUUGGAUGUUAUCGCUUUUUGACUAGAUGAUGCUGGGUGGACGAGGGGAGUUUUUAAUCUUGAGGGAGUUCAAUGCGUUUUUGUUUUCUGUGUCAACGAGGAUGAACAGACAUUUUCCCCUUUGCAGGAGGGCUACUGGAGGAGAAUGACUGGGAAAACCCAGACCAGCAACGUGACCAACAAAAAUGACCCGCGCUCCCUCAACUCCAGAGUCUUCAUCGGCAACCUCAACACGGCCAUCGUCAAGAAGACCGACAUAGAGGUCAUCUUCGCCAAGUACGGCAAGAUCGUGGGCUGCUCCGUGCACAAGGGCUACGCCUUCGUGCAGUACCUGAACGAGAGGAACGCCCGGGCGGCCGUGGCCGGCGAGAACGCCCGCAUCAUCGCCGGGCAGCCGCUCGAUAUAAACAUGGCGGGUGAGCCCAAGCCGUACAGACCUAAGGCCGGAUCCAAGCGCCCGCUCUCAGCCGUCUACAGCGGUUAUGAAUUUGAUUACGAGUACUACAGGGAUGAUUUCUACAGCAGGCUCUUCGACUAUCACGGCCGAGUGGCCCCCCCGCCCAGAGCCGUGAUCCCCCUCAAACGCUCCAGGGUGCUGGCUCCCUCCUCCCGCCGUGGGAAGACCUCCUUUCCUAUGAAAACAUCCUCCUCUUCCUCCUCUUCAUCCUCUCGACCUCCCACGUCCUCCUCUUCCUCCUCCGGUCUCAAACCAGUGAAGACGGACCAGCUACAGACGAUUAAACGCGAGCUGACUCAGAUCAAGAUCAAGAUCGACUCCUUGCUGGGACGCCUGGAGAAGAUUGAGAAGCAGCAGAGAGCCGAGUCCGAGGCUCAGCGAAAAUACGACGACAACUGUGACUCCAUGCACGAGGAGUCCGUGUCGGAGGCGGCGGAGAACUCCGGGGAGGAGGCCGGCGAGGGCGCGCUGGACGUGGAGGCGGGAGAGAUGACCGACGGAGGCGAGGACGACUACGACGAGGAAGGCAGCCACCAUCUGAUAGAAAACCACGUAUCGGAUAUCGACAACUGAGACCAGCGUCAGGGAGCAGACACCUCUGGUCAGUGGUAUUAGGCUUCAUCAUCACCUUCAGAGAGGCAGAACAGGAUGGUUAAGGGAUCAAGACACUCAUUCUGGACUGUAAGUUGUGUUCAAGACAUGCUGGCGCACAUUAAAGGAGGAGCUGUGACGCACAACCGAACAGCGAGCUGCGAAGAAAAUGUACAGUAUCCAAGAUCCAUUUCAAUGCAUUGGCCUGAGUUGACCUCGUGGAUGUUCUGUGCAUCUUAUCCGGUAUUUCACUGCAAGAGACUGACUGACUGUGUGCGUUUACCCUGAAAAAAUACCACAGAGCAGACAGAAGGAGCGGCUUUUUAUCCAGAUGUAUUAAAUAAAUCACGUUGCAGGCAAAUUAUGUUGAACAGUUGUUGCUGCUUUUAAAACAAAUGUGUUUGGGCUGUAAUUUCACAAAUAGUUUUUUUUUUCUGCAAAAGGAAAAA